CCGGGCCCGCCCGGGGCCCCCCGACCCUAAUGCCAGGCGGUCCCCGGAGACUUCCCCGGCGUGCUCCGGGCUCUUAUAAUUAGCUGGGCCCAGCGGCUCUGAAAGUCCAGGCGUUCCGUGACUUUGGCCAACGUGGAAGCCUUUCCUCUUAACCAAAGCACCUCCACUGGGUCUUCACCUAAAUCUCCUUUCCACGAGCGACAUUAGUGCUUGGUCAUUGGGGUCUCCUUGCUCCCUGUUGCCUGACCGUUUUCAACACCUAAGUCUUUCCUGUCUCCAGGCCAGGCUCUUCCCAGCCCAGCGCCUCUGAUGCAGCAGCUCCCCGGCCACGGCCCCUCACACUUUGGCUUUUUUUUCCCCCCCCUCCUUCUUCUUCCUUCCUAAGUUAACUUAAAAGCAACCCUCAUCUCGCAUUUCUUACCCGGCCGUUACUAGAAUUCCCAGUAAGCUCCCAGGUCUGGUCCUUCAUUAGGGCCCCGGCCCUGGGAGAUGCUAAGUCAAUUGUUGUUGGCCCAUUCUUUCCUCCACCCGCCCCAGUCUCACUGCCCUCUCCUUAUUGCUGCUUGCCCAAAGAUCAGCCUCCACACAACCUCUCCACUGCUCCUCUGAGCUGGCAGUUAGUUGCACCUUAGCCCUCCACCCCCCGCCUCUGCAUCUGAAGCCCUAUGGGCGCCGGCAGGGUAGUCCCCUUUGCCACUCAUGAUGUGGGAGUUCGCUCUCCAGGUCCUUCAUCUGUACUGUUCCCUGUGUGUCUCAGGCCACCCACCCUCACUCAGCUCCAGUCUUAGUUUCUAGUUGUUGGUGUGGUGUGUAAUUGGGAAGGAUCGAGAUGGAUCUGGAUUUUGUGUUGCUGCCUUGGUCUGGGGACCCAGGGCCUUAGGAGACCUACAUGGUGAUUACAGUCAAGUGAGUUGUGUUCCUAGACCUCUGGCCCGGCUUUUUAAGCCAGGGGACAGAUUAGUAUUGUUGCCGUUUGAGAAAUUAAAGGACUGUAGUUUGUUGUUGUCUGUGGUUGGAGUUAGGGGUAGAAAGAGUAGUCUCAAUUUAAACAGCAAGGGAGAAGAGAUUGCUACGUGAAAGAUUUAUAAAACUAAAGGAAAUUUAAAACGGCCUGAAACUCACAAAGUACUCAGGGUGCUUCUGCUGCUAGUGCAUCCCUUCUCCAGUCUCGAACAGAGUGUCUGGGGACAUGGGGUCCCCUGUGGGGCCAGCUGCAUCCUUCCUUCCUUGUUUUCCCUGGCUAGGUCCCAAGACUGGGCAAGUGGGUAGAAGGGAUCAAAUGAGGUAACGUGUGAAAGCGCUUUGAAAACUUAACUGGUAAACGUGCCAAGGGCCGUUAUUUGUCAUGAUGGCUCAGAGAGGAGAGAGCUGGGAUCCCUCACCAGGUGGGGGGAACAUGGGCUUGCACCCCUUUCUGAGCUUUCUCAGUUACCCUCCCGGGCCUGGAGGAUCUUCGCAUCCUGAGAAAGGGCAGAGUCACUUCCCAGCAGGUUUGGGACUGGGCGGUUGUUGGUUGCUCGGAUGUCGGGGAAUUUGGGACUCCACUUCUGUUAAUAGUGGUACCUUUCUGUGCCAAGGCACAUAGCUCUGGAAUGGGGCUAAUUUUAGGGUUGAUGGAAUGAGGAAAUAACGUUAACUUAGCGUGUGCUAGGACUGCCCAUUCUUGGGAUCUUUUUCUUCUCAGAGUUCUGAACCCCAGAGAACGGGCUUCCCUCCUGUUCCUGCAAGCCUGUUGUGAACACCCUGGACCAGUAUAUCUUUUUCCCUCAACUCCAGCAGGGGGCAGCCUUUUAAUAGCAAUAAAUCUAAAGCUCGGAGGGAGAGGGUAUACCAAGGCCUGAGAAAGAAGAUGGGACAGAGGGCUGGAGGGAGCCGGGCAGGCAGAUGAGGCAGGCAGGUGCUGAAGGUAGGGGUGGCGGGUAAGCGGGAAAGAGCCUGGAGGAGACACUUAGAUCAAGAAGCCAGGAAAGGGUGCUGCCCCCAGUCCUGUCUGCUGUCUGUCCCGGCCCUUUCCUUCACUGGAAAGGGAUCCAAACAGGUGGCUUCGAGAGUUUGUGAUAGAGAAACUUUGCACAGUUUUUUUAAUCUCUUCUUAAGGAUUUCCCUCCUGGCAGGGUUUCAGAUUUCUCUCAAGGGACAGUAUAAUUAGGAAAAGAUUUCCCUGCUUUUAGGGGAGACUGAACUGAAAUAAAUUUGGUUUCUCCUGUCUUCUGUUCUUCCCCGUAAACACAGAGCAGGCUUUACCUGCGCUUGUGAUACGGAGGAGGCGUCCUCAGCCCGGGCACUGUCGCCGCAUUGGGCCCACUAAUUUCUUGUUUUGGGGGGCUGUCAUGCGCCUUGUUGGAGGCCAGUAGCGCCUUUCAAGUCACGCCUACCAAAACCGAAUCCAGAUACUGCCACAUGUGCCCUGGAGCGCAGGCGCCCCCGGUUGAGAACCCCUGGCUCAGAGGACACAGAAGCACGCCUGGUCGGAAGGUGGGAACCACCAGCAGCUCGUGUGCUGCUUCUCAGUGCUUCCUUUGGUCUGAAGGACGACCCGGCAGCCACCGGCUGCUGGACCAGGUCCCCCUGUGGCCAGGCCAGCCCAGAGACGUGACUUUCCUCCAGCCGCUCCUCUGCUUCCUCCGCUCUGACUGCCUUUCCUUGCUUCUGCAGUUUCCCUGCUUCUCACACCGGGAACCACUUUUCCUCAGUUUGCCAGUCUGCGACCAGGACAGAAAGGUGAAGGCCGGAAGAGGAGAGCUGCCUUUGCCACUCCCUGGAAGGGAGGGAGGAAUCGUGGAGUCUUGGACUUGAUGGAAACUGUGGAGGCACUCUGGUCCGGCUUCCUCCCCAGCCAGUGAGGGAAGCCCUUGUGCAGCUCCCUGAGACCUCACCCACCCAUCCUUGCUCAGAACCGCCAGGGAUGCACUGCCCCCUGAGAGCCUCUCCUGCUGUUCCUUAGGAGGACAGGUCGCUGCCACUGCCACUACUUCUGUCAACCUCAUUUUUACUUUAUGGAUCUUUCCCUGAUGUGAAGCUCCCUCCCUGGACACCACUGUAGUCAGGUCAGCGUCCUGUAGCUUGGAGACCUUGGUUCAUUCCAGGACAGGCCCCUGCCUGAAGAGAGCCCCGGCCCGGCCCUACCUGCUUCCUGGGGCAAGGCUGCCAGGUCUUCCCCCGUUGAGACAGUUCACUUAACUCAUGGUGUGAGUGGCACGUGGCUGGCUUAGGUGUUUGGAGAGUGAACGCCAGGUCCCCCCCUUGUCCCUUCAGCCCCUCGGACCUUGAGGAUACACCUGGCUCCACAAUGGCAGCAGAGACCCUCAAUUUUGGGCCUGAGUGGCUGAGGGCCCUUUCCAGCGGUGGCAGUGUGGCCUCUCCACCCCCGUCCCCUGCCAUGCCCAAAUACAAGCUGGCUGACUAUCGCUACGGGCGAGAAGAGAUGCUGGCUCUCUACGUCAAGGAGAACAAGGUACCCGAUGAGCUGCAGGACAAGGAGUUUGCUGCGGUGCUGCAGGAGGAGCCACUGCAGCCCCUGGCGCUGGAGCCUUUGACUGAGGAGGAGCAGAGAAACUUCUCCCUGUCCGUGAACAGUGUGGCUGUGCUGAGGCUGAUGGGGAAGGGGGCCGGCCCCCCCCUAGGUGGCGCCUCCCGCGGCAGGGGCAGCACUCGGAGCCGAGGCCGAGGCCGUGGUGACAGUUGCUUUUACCAAAGAAGCAUCGAAGAAGGCGAAGGGGCCUUUGGUCGAAACCCCCGGGAGAUCCAGCGUAGCCAGAGUUGGGAUGACAGAGGCGAGAGAAGGUUUGAGAAGUCGGCCAGGAGGGAUGGAGCGCGAUCCGGGUUUGAGGAGGGAGGGGCUGGCCCGAGGAAGGAACAUGCCCGCUCAGAUAGCGAGAAUUGGCGUUCUCUCCGAGAGGAGCAAGAGGAAGAGGAGGAAGGCAGUUGGAGACUUGGGGCAGGACCCCGGCGAGAUGGCGACCGCUGGCGCUCAGCCAGCCCUGAUAGCGGUCCCCGCUCUGCUGGCUGGCGGGAACAUGGGGACCGGCGUCGCAAGUUUGAAUUUGAUAUUCGAGGGGAUCGAGGAGGGUGUGGUGAAGAGGAGGGGCGGGGUGGGGGAGGCAGCGCUCACCUGCGGAGGUGCCGAGGGCCUGACGGCUUUGAGGAGGACAAGGAUGGGCUCCCCGAAUGGUGCCUGGACGACGAGGAUGAGGAGAUGGGCACCUUUGAUGCCUCUGGGGCCUUUCUGCCUCUCAAGAAGGGCCCCAAGGAGCCUAUUCCUGAGGAGCAGGAGCUCGACUUCCAGGGCCUGGAGGAAGAGGAGGAAGAACCUUCUGAAGCGCUAGAUGAGGCGGGCCCUGAGGCGGGAGGGAAGGAGCUGACCCCACUGCCUCCCCAGGAGGAAAACUCCAGCUCCCCACCCCCACUGCCCACCUUGGGCCCGCUCUGGGGAACUAACGGGGAAGGCGACGAUGCUACAGAGAAAGACCUGCCGGCGACUGAAGACGAUAUGAGGGGGAUGCAGCUGAGUCCCGGGGUGGGCUCACCCCCUGGUCCACCCGGAGAUCUGGAGGAUGAUGAAGGCCUGAAGCACCUGCAGCAGGAGGCAGAGAAGCUGGUGGCCUCCCUGCAGGACAGCUCCCUGGAGGAAGAGCAGUUUACGGCUGCCAUGCAGGCCCAGGGUCUGCGCCACUCAGCAGCUGCCACUGCCCUCCCUCUCAGCCACGGUGCGGCCCGGAAGUGGUUCUACAAGGACCCACAGGGGGAGAUCCAAGGCCCCUUUACAACACAGGAGAUGGCGGAGUGGUUCCAGGCGGGCUAUUUUUCCAUGGCACUGCUUGUGAAGCGGGGCUGUGAUGAGGGCUUCCAGCCACUGGGUGAGGUGAUCAAGAUGUGGGGUCGCGUGCCCUUUGCCCCGGGACCCUCACCACCCCCACUGCUGGGCAACAUGGACCAGGAGCGGCUGAAGAAGCAGCAGGAGCUGGCGGCCGCGGCCUUGUACCAGCAGCUGCAGCACCAGCAGUUUCUGCAGCUGGUUGGCAGCCGGCAGCUCCCGCAGUGCGCGCUCCGGGAAAAGGCCGCUCUGGGGGACCUGACGCCGCCCCAGCAGCAGCUCACUGCGUUCCUACAGCAGCUCCAAGCUCUCAAACCGCCCAGAGGCGGGGACCAGAACCUGCUCCCGACCAUGAACCGGUCCUUGUCGGUGCCGGAUUCGGGCCCCCUCUGGGACAUACAUACCUCAGCCUCAUCACAGUCAGGCGGUGAGGCCAGUCUUUGGGACAUACCAAUUAACUCUUCGACUCAGGGUCCAAUUCUAGAACAACUCCAGCUGCAACACAAAUUCCAAGAGCGCAGAGAAGUGGAGCUCAGGGCGAAGCGGGAGGAGGAGGAGCGCAAGCGGCGGGAGGAGAAGCGCCGGCAGCAGCAGCAGCAGGAGGAGCAGAAGCGGCGGCAGGAAGAAGAAGAGCUGUUUCGGCGCAAGCAGGUGCGGCAGCAGGAGCUCCUGCUGAAGCUGCUGCAGCAGCAGCAGGCAGCAGCCGCUGUCCCGGCGUCCCCCGCACCCAGCUCCCCGCCACCGUUGUGGGCCGGCCUGGCCAAGCAGGGGCUGUCCAUGAAGACGCUGCUGGAGCUGCAGCUGGAGGGCGAGCGGCAGCUGCAUAAGCAGCCCCCACCUCGGGAGCCGUCGCGGGCCCAGGCCCCCAACCACCGUGUGCAGCUCGGGGGCCUGGGCGCUGCUCCUCUGAACCAGUGGGUGUCUGAGGCUGGGCCACUGUGGGGCGGGCCCGACAAGAGUGGGGGCAGCAGCGGUGGCCUGGGGCUCUGGGAGGACACCCUCAAGAGCAGCGGGAGCCUGGCCCGCAGCCUGGGCCUGAAGAACAGCCGGAGCAGCCCCUCUCUCAGUGACUCGUACAGCCACCUGUCAGGCCGGCCCGUGCGCAAAAAGACAGAGGAGGAAGAGAAGCUGCUGAAGCUGCUCCAGGGCAUCCCCAGGCCCCAGGACGGCUUCACCCAGUGGUGUGAGCAGAUGCUGCACACAUUGAGCACCACAGGCAGCCUGGACGUGCCCAUGGCUGUAGCGAUCCUCAAGGAGGUAGAAUCCCCCUACGAUGUCCACGAUUAUAUCCGGUCCUGCUUGGGGGACACGCUGGAAGCCAAAGAAUUUGCCAAACAGUUCCUGGAGCGGAGGGCCAAACAGAAAGCCAGCCAGCAGCGGCAGCAGGAGGCUUGGCUGAGCAGCGGCUCCCUGCAGACAGCCUUUCAGACCAACCACAGCACCAAACUCGGCCCUGGGGAGGGCAGCAAGGCCAAGAGGCGGGCUCUGAUGCUGCACUCGGAUCCCAGCAUCUUGGGGUACUCCCUGCACGGACCUUCUGGUGAGAUCGAGAGCGUGGAUGACUACUGACCAGCCCGUCCCACCAGCCCCUGGGCUGUAGGCCAGGGGCAGCAGCAGCGGCUUGGACCCUUGGGUCCCCAGCCUGCAGGCUCCCCACGGGAGCAUAGGAGGAAGCAGGGGCAGGGUCCCCAGCACUUGUUACAAACCACACGAUGCACCUUAACUCACCCACCACGAGGCACUUUACAGAUUGGGGGGGAAGGGUUUUUGGUUUUUUUGUUUUUUGGGUUUUUUUUUUUUGUUGUUUUGUUUUUCUUUUUUUAAAAAGCAUUUUAAACCGCAUUGAAGAAAACUGUUAGGAGAGACAAAAAAAAAUUGUUAAAAACUAGACUCUAAGCACCCCUUCCCCCUGUAGGGACAGUGAGGGUGACAAUGGAAGGUCCACAGAGGUCUUUUGGGGUUUUUUUUGUGUAUGUGUGUGUGUGUGUGUGUGUGUGUUUUGUUUUUUGUUUUUGUUUUUUAAGAAAAAAGAAAAUGGAAAAAAAAAAAAGGUUAGGAGAUUUAAGGAAAAAAAAAACCACACUGUUAUUUUGGGGCAGUGGGGACACAGGCCCCAUGGACCUGUCCUGCCUGGCCCCCAAGGCUGCACUUACCCUCCCUGCCCCGCAAGGUGGGCCAUUGGGGUAACUGGAAGCUGGGGUGCCAGCAGUUUGCACAGCGAGGCCCCCUCAGCCCCGCCAGCCGGACCCGCUGUGAACGGCUCCCUUUGUUGCUGUGACCGUGGCAGAGGUGUCCGUGGUGGGGGCCAAAGUAGCCCCUUGGCUUUGCUGCUUUAGGGGAAAGUUGCACAAAUGGGCCGGGCCGCCUCAGCUCUCUAGGCUGCCAUCCUGUGCUGGCUGACGGUGGGGAGGGGGAGAGGGCCAGCCGGUGCCAAUCUCUUCUGGCCGUCAGGGUGACAGAACUUCCACUCUGGCCCUGGUGAGGGGCUUCUCCCACUGCUGCCAUUUGGGGGGACGGCCUGGGUGUGAAGCUGAAAGCCUCAGCUCCCUGCCUUGCCACAUGAAUGUAUUCUUCGGGCCACAAGCCCCUGCUGCGCCUUCUGCCUCAACCCCGUGCGAGGUGGGAGUAGAGCAGUUCCUCCGGGAGCUGGAGAGAGAGGCACCACUUACUGUUUUCUCCUGUGAAAGGGGCAAGAGGAGGGCCUAGGAGGCCAAGGGAGUGGGCAGCAUGGGGCUUCGGGUUGCAGUGUGGGGGCUGUCAGAAUGGAGCUCCCCCCGCCUGCAGCCAGCUGUGUGGGAAGUGGACCACCCAGCCCUGCUCUGACCCCCCCCCCCCAUUGACCAAAUGGGAGAGGAGCCGGUGGCCUCUCCCCCUCCCUGCUCCCCUGAUGCGUUUUUAAUGUUGGGUAAGGUGUGGGGGUCAAGAAUAGAAGUGUUGUCUCUCCUGGGUCAGGGGAAGGCCACCCUUCUGUUGCUCACCAACUUCUCAUUCCCAAUCACCUGCCUGGGUUUGUCUCCAUUUGUGUGUGUUUUCUUUUCUUUUCUUUUCUUUUUUUUUUUUUUUAACAGUUUGUUGUAUCUUUUGGGUUUCUCAUCUAACUUCUCCCAUUGACCUCAUUGCUCAGAGUGCAGUAUUAGGGCAGGAAUCUGCCACUGCCUCCCCUCCAUGAAUGUAUUUGUCCUUCCUGCCCUGGGGAAAUGGGGAGUGGCCCAUUUUCUUUCCCCAUCCAUUCUUAGACCACAUUUUUUUUUGUUCUUUUUUUGUUUUGUUUUGCACCAAAGUGGCAACUGGGUCAGUGUUGGGGGAUAAAGCUGGCCUCGGGGGUGGAGGGGCACCCUCCACCUGCUUCUCCCUGGUUUCAACAGUGUUAGCGUCCGUGAAAAGACAAUAUUCUCUCUAAAGCAAUAAGGGGGUGAUGGGCCAGGGGGAAAUGUCUUGCUGCUGCUGGCCCCCCAGCUCCCCCCCUUCCUCACGCCAGUAUUUGGCGGCAUUAGAGGUGUCGGGGGGAGUACUGUUGUGACUGAAUGUAACCGCCCCCACCCCUGCCGCAGCCAAUGCAGGGGAGGGGGGUGACACUCUUCCCUGUUUCUUCCUUCCCCUUCCCCCCAGCUAAAGAGACUUUGAACUUAGGGGGCCCUUGAGCCUGGAGAGGCCUUAACCCUGUGAGGAAGUGUAGGGGGGGCCCUCUCCCACCCCCAUCCCCUUCUGAGAGUGGUCAAUGUUUACAAGCCCCUGAGCCCCCCAGCCCAGGGACUCCACCCCCAUUGCUGUCCUUUCCCACCCGUCUUCCUGGGCCCCAGCUGCUCUCCCACCCUCCUGGGUUGGGGUGGGUGCAGGGGCUGUUCUGUAUCCCCUUGUCUGCCUUGGACCCACAAUCUCCCCCACCCUCACCCUGUGUGACUCCCCUCUCUUCUACCUGCCCCUGUAAAUAUUCCCCUUCCCCCAAUAAAACUUGGUGUGUGUUCUCCCCUCUUGA